UCCCAACCGUCGACCGAGUCUCGACUUUUGGACGGCCGGGGUUGACCGGAUUGGAGUCGAGUCGUGUCCCUGGACCCUGUACCUAUACCUGUGUAUAGUUAAGGGACUUGGGGUACAAGUACUAGGAGUCUAGUUGAGUACAGAGAUGAACUGUACUCUGAGUACGGACACUACUGUCUACCAUAGUCUCUGUAGUAUAUUCUCUCUCUUAGUUAUACUCAUCUUACUCUGUAGUGUACCUAGAACAGUACAUUGCCAUACCAUGGUUCCUGAGACCCCUUCUGGCAGUCAUCAUGAAGGAUCAUCGGCAUCAUCGGUCUCUCCUCUUUCUCUCCCACACUCCUUCACCACUCCCCUUUAUCCUCCUUUAUCCUCCUUUAUCCCUCCUUCAUCACUUAAGAGUAUAAUACCUGCAAUAUCACGGGAUCAGUCAGGUAAUCAGAUAUCGCCCGUUUUGCUGCUAUUUUGGGAACUGCCCAGCCCCGGCUUUUUCGCCGCCAAUAAUCCCCAUUAACAUCAAUCUGUAUUAUACAGUCAAGUCAAGUCAAGCAAGCAAGCAAGUCAAGAGACACGAGGGCGGUCUGACUUGGUGACGGUCUGCCUCACUGAGACUGAUUCAUUUAUUAUUGAUCUUCAACUCCCUUCAUUCGUUCGUUCAACCGUCCAAUCGAUCGAGUUCCGGGGGUCGUCG